UUAUUCCAAUUUAGCUGGCUGCUACAAAUCUGCAAAGAAAUGGUUAUAAUAAUCAAGAAAACAUGGCUUUCUGUGUGUUUGCUGCUUCUGUUGUUUCUAUUUUUCGUUUGUUUCUCUGAAGGAUCUGAUACAAUCUCACCAGGCCAGUCUCUUUCAGGAAACCAGACGUUAAUCUCUGCAGAGGGAAUAUUUGAACUGGGUUUCUUCACUCCAGGGAACUCUCGCAGCUACUAUAUUGGCAUAUGGUACAAAUCAUUUCCUGAUAAAACAGUAGUUUGGGUGGCAAAUAGAAAAACACCAGUCUCAGAUCCUUCAUCUUCAGCAUUCAAACUCUUGGAAGAUGGAAACUUAGUACUACUCAACCAGAGUGGGGCUACAAUAUGGUCUACGAAUUUGUCCUCCAACGAUAUUAAUUCUACUACAGCACAGCUUCUUGAUAAUGCAAACUUUGUUUUAAGAAAUGCAUUGGAUUCGUCUAGUACCGUAUUGUGGCAGAGUUUUGAUCACCCAACCGAUCACUGGAUCCCUGGUUCAAAGAUUGGGUACAAUAAACGUACAGAUCAAAAACAAAAUCUAGUUUCCUGGACGAGCCCUGAAAAUCCAGCGCCUUCAAUCUUCUCUAUCGAAGCAGUUGGAUCCAGUCAUGUAUUACUGUGGAAUGAGACUAAACAGUAUUGGACUAGUGGGGAGUGGACGGGAAAGAUUUUUACCCUUGUUCCUGAAAUUCAGACGAAUCCUUAUGUUACAAAUAUGACAUAUGUUUCGAACGAGAACGAGAGCUAUCUUACUUACGCGUCUGCCAUUCCUAAUACUCUUACUAGAUUUGUGCUUAAUGCCUCUGGGCAGUAUAAUCAAUUUGUAUGGAGAAGUAAUUUUGACGGGUGGAGACCGCUCUGGGCGCGACCAACACAACAAUGUGAGGUUUAUGCUUUCUGUGGACCUUAUAGUAUCUGCGAUCAGCAGCAAGAACCUCUUUGUGCUUGCUUGGAAGGAUUUGAACCAAAAAUGGCAAAGGGUUGGGAGCUGGGAGAUCAUACAGGUGGAUGUGCGAGGAGAGUUCCUUUACAAUGUGAUGAUGGAGAGAAGGAUAAGUUUCUUGUGAUGCCUAACAUACGCUUCACAGAGAGCUCAAAGUCUUUAGCAGUCGACACAUUUGAAGACUGUGAAUUCGCAUGCUUGAGCAACUGUUCUUGCAACGCUUUUGCUUAUGAUAAUGGGUGUUUGAUCUGGGAAGCAGAUAUCUACAAUCUAGAACAACUUGCAUCUAAUAGUAUGACUGGAAGACAUUUACAUCUUCGAAGUGCGGCAUCGGAUUGGGUUGGAACGAGAGGUAAGGCAAAAAGAAACACCACUUUGAUUGUUUGUACAACAAUUGCAGCCUUCAUUACUCUGUUUGCCCUUGUCCUGGUAAUUCUGUGGAAGAGACGAUCAGCCUCAGAUGCUGGUUCAUUUAAAGCAGUGGAGCAUUCUUUGGUGCUUUUCAAACACAGGGAUUUAAGAAGCGCAACAAAGAACUUCUCCGAAAAACUUGGUGAGGGUGGUUUUGGUACUGUUUAUAGAGGUACAUUACCAAAUUCAACGGCCAUAGCUGUUAAGGAACACAAACGUCUAAAGCAAUGUGAGAAGCAAUUCCGCGCAGAAGUGCAGACUAUAGGAAUAAUCCAACACAUUAAUCUUGUUCGCUUAUGUGGAUUUUGUGCCGAAGCUUCAAAAAGAUUUCUAGUUUAUGAAUACAUGCCUAACGGUUCUCUAGAAUCACUUUUGUUUCGAAAGAGUCCCAGGAUUCUAGACUGGCAGAGUAGAUUUAGAAUUGCCACUGGGACUGCUAGAGGACUGGCUUAUUUACACGAGGAGUGCAGAGACUGUAUCAUACAUUGUGAUAUCAAGCCUGAGAACAUAUUGUUGGAUGCAGAAUACAACCCAAAGGUGGCUGAUUUUGGUCUUGCAAAGCUCUUUGGGAGAGAUUUCAGCCGGGUUCUGACAACCAUGAGAGGAACGAGAGGUUAUCUGGCACCGGAAUGGAUCUCAGGUGAAGCUAUCACAACGAAAGCUGAUGUUUUUAGCUAUGGAAUGCUUCUUUUUGAGGUUAUAUCAGGAAGGAGAAACCUACAUCCCCUGUUAGACGAGGGGUUUGAUGAUUACUUUCCUCUGCGCGUCGCGAAUACAAUUUACCAAGGAAAAAAUGUACUUACCUUGUUAGAUGACAGGCUAGAAGGUAAUGUCAUUGUGGAAGAGCUGAUUAGAGCUUGCAAAGUUGCUUGUUGGUGCAUUCAAGAUGAUGAGAAGGAUAGGCCGACUAUGGGGCAAGUAAUUGGAAUUCUAGAGGGUCUCUUAGAAAUGGGCAUGCCUCCAUUUACAAGGUUUUUCCAACUCCUUCAAGAUGGUCCAGCGAAAUCCAGAGUUCACCUGGAGAUUUCUUCUUCAGAUUCAAGGGCAUAGGUUGAUGACUCAAUUAUCUUUCAAUCUUAAAAUAUAUCUAGAGUAAUUUGGAUGUUCAAUUGCUAGUAUUUUAGUUAGAAAUAUGCUAAAGUUUUUUAUUUUAUUUCAUUGGAUGUUCAAUAAAAUAACAGAUCCUCUGAACACUUUUUAGUUAGAAAUAUCAACAUUGUAUCAUUAAAGUUUUUUAUUUUAUUUUUUACCUUAGGAAUGUGAACAUAGUAAAUUUACUAUUGAUUUCGAGGCCAUGGUUGCCUACUAUUUCAAUCGUUAUAAGACAACAAAUCAUAAUA